AUGGUCGAGGUUAAGCUGCUCAGGACGGCAUAUAGUUACCGGAAUAAGGCGUUUGUUUACGUUAAUUCCCUGCCCGUCUGUCUACUGGCCUUGUUAUCUAGUCUGUUCCAGCGCGACUCACUGGUUAGAGUUAAAACAUCAUUUUUUCAUCUGUUACUAGUAAAUGAAGUAAUUAAAGAGGAUAGUCUAGGGAUAUCGGUGAGAAAUUUGUCGCCAAGUGUUGUGGCGCAGUUUUUCGACUCACUCACUUCCAAUGAGCGUCUGUACCUACUCUCUGUGUUUCUCACACUCGUAGUACUCUUGGCGUUGGUGUUAUCAAUCUGGAUUCUCCCCCUGAGGCUAUUGAUUUUCUACAGCAAAUGUGGACACAGAGAAGGAACCCUGGGUUUUUACACCUUUAUCCUCGAUAAAGCUACGCACGUUUUUGUUCAUCAGGUUCAGGACAAAACAAAGGCUGUAAAUGAGCCAAAGAGAACGGUUGAGGAUGCUCUAUUGGCUAUUGAACGUUCUAGGCUCUCAAUUUAUUAUAUGCAUGAUCACAAGAAGUUUUUGUUGGAUAAAACAACUCAUCGCUUCAAACCAGUUGAACACAUUGAUCGAAUAGAUGUAUCAAGCUUGUCAGAUUGGACUGGAUUGUCAACCAAGGAAGUUCUGUCACCCCCAAAAAGUGGACUAGAAUCUAACUUGUCAAUCUGCUCCGACUUGUAUGGUCCAAAUGAUUAUGAAAUUCCAAAAUGCAAUUUCUGGAAAAUGCUUAUGGACGCAUUUUUGGCACCAUUUUUCCAAUUCCAACUUAUAACAACACUUUUGUGGAUUCUAGAUGAUUAUCUCUAUUAUUCCCUAAUUUCAAUCGCAUCAAUGGUUAUUAUUGAAGUGCAAAUGGUCUACAAGAGGAUUAUGGAAUAUGAUAGGAUAAAUGCAAUGAGAUUACCACCGUCAAGACUCCAUGUUUACAGGGACUCCAAGUGGGUUACUGUACUAAGCACUGAUGUUUUCCCAGGGGACAUCAUCCUUAUCUAUGGAGAAUCUGGAUCUACACCAACCUUAGCUCCUGCAGAUAGCCUCAUUCUCUCUGGUGAAGUUGUUGUAGAUGAGUCAAUUCUUACUGGUGAAUCGAUACCACAGUUUAAGAGUGCAGCUGAUCCCAGUAACAAGGCUCUUGACUUGAGAAACAGUACUAUCUUUGCAGGCACAUCCAUAGUGUUGUCACGUCCAGGAAGUGCAGACUGGAAUGGAAUUAAGGCAGGAAAAGCUGGGUGUAUAUGUCUAGUCCUUAGAACCGGAUUUGAAAGUUACCAAGGACGUUUGGUUCAUGCAAUUACCCACUCUGGGGAACGUGUGACUGCAUCUACCGCUGAGGGGUGGUGUUUUCUCGGAAUUCUUUUAAUGUUUGCAAUAUCCGCAUGCAUUGUGGUAUUCAAAAGGGCACAAAGCAGUUCCAUGAAGAAGCUCUUGCUCGUAUCUUCCAGAAUCUUAGUUUCUGUUAUACCCCCGGAAUUUCCAGUAACUCUUUCAAUGGCUGUAACUAUUGCCAUUGUACAACUCAGAAGGAAAGGUCUCUACUGCACUGAGCCAUUUAGGCUGCCGUUUGCGGGUAUUCUUGACGUUUGUGCGUUUGACAAAACGGGAACCCUUUCUGAGGACUCCAUGAGCGUAGUUGGUGUAUUUUCCGAUCCAGAAACUUUGAACAACAAGGAUACCUUAACGAAAAAGCUUCCAAUUUCAUCUGCAAUGGUUAUUGGAGGAUGUCAUUCACUGAAUAAAGUAGGAAAUUCCAUUGUUGGAGACCCUAUGGAGAAGGCUUCUUUUGAGUUCUUUGGAUUUAAUCUCUUGCCUGAUGGUUCUUCGGUGGAAUCUUUGCCAUCAAUGGUUUACGAUAAAUCUGGGGAAUCUUCACUACGUAUCAAGAUUAUCAGAAGGUGGCAAUUUACUUCUGAACUGGGAAGAAUGGCUGUUAUAGCCAAUAUUUCUGGAAAGUCGACCCUUUGGUCAAGAGAUUCUGACUUUUUUUCAAAUCUUGAGGACCUUUCAAGCCUUUCAUUCCAAGAAAGUUUUGAUGGAGAGUCAGUGCUACUCUGCAAGGGAUCGCCAGACCAUAUCCGCAAAUUACUUCGAGACGUUCCUCCAUACUAUGAUCAUGUUUGUCAGCAACUCACGAUAAAGGGAUUGAGAGUGCUUACUUUGGCAUAUAAAAGACUUUAUGACAUUCCAAACGAAACUCUACUUGCUAUAGAUAGGACUCUUAUUGAAAAGGAUUUGGAGUUUUCAGGAUUCUUGGCUCUUGAGGCCCCUAUAAAAUCAUCUUGCUUACCAUGCAUGAGACGCCUAAAUGGACACAAACUCAUUAUGAUUACCGGCGAUAACGUUUUGACCGCAUGCCACGUUGCGGGUGUUACUGAAAUUGCGGAUCGCUCUGAAAGUUUUGUAAAGACCAGAAAGUACGCCCCAAUUUCAAAACCAAAGGUCUCUGGAACAAGUACACCAAAUAAAUGUCCAUUUCCUGUAACGGGUGAAAGUCCAGAAAAGUGCCCAUUCCAAUCAAAGGGCAUGGUUGAAUCGCCUUCUAGAUGCCCAAUCUCGAAAUUUUCACAAGAGAGUGGCUAUAAACCUGCUAUUGAAAGAUGUCCUCUCUAUAGGAAGAAACCAUCUGGAGCUUCUCCAAAGUUGUCUGAUACUGCAGGAUGUCCAUUUCCCAUAAAGAGCAAGGGCUUGGAAUCAAAAUGUCCCAUUUCAAAAGGUGACUCUAAAGACCCUGAAUCUUACAAGGAGUUUUUUGACAAGUGUCCGAUUUCUAAACCGACAGCUACAGGAAUGGAAGUUUGUCCCCUCUAUCAACAAUACGUUGGCAAAGAUUCUAAAUGCCCAGUUUCACAUUCAUCGGACAAGCUUCCUAUAGGUGGCAAGUGUCCACUCUCUGCAAGAAGUGUGGAUACACAACCCCUAUCGGAAAUUAAAUGUCCAAUUACCAAAACAAAGCAGGCAUUUAAACGUCUUUUCGGGGCGGUUUCAAUGGCAUUAAAACCAAGAAAUAUGGAAAACUUGAUAAAGUAUGGCAAAAAUGGUGAGGCUCCUGAUUUUGGUGAUUUCGCCAUAUUGACAUUUGUCAACGGUUCCUUUGUAUGGAAGAAGCGCAACGGUGAAAAUGUAUUUUCGAUAUCUAACAACUCUGAUAUUCUAUUUGAGAUGUCAUACUUACUCAAGGUGUACAGAUUGUGCCUUACUGGACCUACUCUUGAUUCGCUCCUCAAGGCAUCUUCACAGGAUGCUUCCACGGAGGAUUCUGGGUUGAAGAUUAGUCAACAGGAUGUCUCAAAGAUCAUUCUAAACUGCACAGUUUUUGCAAGAAUGUCCCCUCAGCAAAAGGAGUUCAUCAUUCAAACGUUUAAAAAUGCUGGAAAGAUCAUUGCAAUGUGUGGAGAUGGUACAAAUGAUAUUGCAGCCCUGAAGGUGGCUCAUGUUGGUUUGUCUCUCUUGAAUAACCCACUGAAGAAAAAUAAGCGUGUUGAACCACCUACUUCUGUACUGAAGGCUUCGCCUGCAAAGCCACAAUCUGUGACGCAGAGAAAAUUGAAUUUCCCAACGGGUGUUAAGAAAUCUACGAAUUCACCUGCUCAUAGAUUGACGACCCCAGAUUAUAGAAACGUGGUAUUGAAGGAUAGAUAUAAAAGCCUUGCCAGUGAAUUGGAUGAUGAGAUGCCACAAUUGAAACUAGGAGAAGCCAGUAUAGCGUCCCCGUUCACAUAUCAUAAGGGAGAUGUUUAUUGUGUCCCAACAUUGGUAAAAAGCGGAAGAUGCGCACUAUCAAAUGUUGUUAUGUUGUACAAGCUCAUGGGAAUUAAUUCUCUAAUGAGUGCAAUGGGAAUGUCUAUUUUAGCACUAGAUGGUGUCAAUUUUAGUGAUGCGCAAACAACUCUCUAUUCUCUACUCUAUACUUAUCUUGUAAUUGCUCUAUCAAAGUCAAAGCCAUCAGAUGAAACUACAACAAAAAAACCGGCAAAAUCCAUCUUCAGUCCUUCUCAUUUUAUGAGUUUGAGCUUUCAACUAGUGAUACAUGGAACUGUGCUUCUCUACACCUGGAAUUUGGGAAAGGGUUUCAGAAGUCCAGAUUAUGUCGGGGAUUUAGAUGCUAAGUUCGAACCAAACAUUGUAAACACACUUGUUUUCUACAUUUGCUUUGCAGUGAAUCUUUCAAGCUUCAUUUCAAACUAUAUAGACUACCCCUAUAUGGAACCUUUGGAAAAUAAUGCCUUUGUCUACAAACCAAUAUUAGGAUCAUUUUUAAUACUUGCAAUCUUUUUAACGGACAUACUACCACCAAUCUCUGACUUUUUCUCGUUGGUACCUAUUCCAAAUCACCUACUUAGGGCCAAAGUUAUCGCGUUGAUCACCCUUGAUGUCUCCGCGUCUUAUAUUAUCUCGAAAUUUUUCAAUAAUCUCUCUUAAUUUGGUGCAUGUAC